AUGGGGACUAAGGAGGAUAGUACAACUAAGCCUUCUAAAUUAUCUACUUCAACUCAAGAAGUACCGGUACCUACUGUACCGCCAUCGUAUCCAGAUUGGUCAAACUCCAUGCAGGCCUACUAUAAUCCUGGAGCUGCUCCGCCUCCCUAUUAUGCCUCGACUGUUGCUUCACCGACCCCCCAUCCGUAUAUGUGGGGAGGUCAGCAUCCUUUAAUGGCGCCAUAUGGUACUCCAGUUCCGUAUCCAGCUAUGUACCCUCCUGGGAGUAUCUAUGCUCAUCCUAGCAUGGUGGUGACUCCGGGUACUAUGCACCAAACUACGGAGUUUGAAGGGAAGGGACCUGAUGGAAAGGAUAAGGAUUCAUCGAAAAAAUCAAAGGGAAAUUCUGCAAAUGCAUGUGCCAAAGCAGGAGAGAGUGGAAAGGCAGGCUCGGGUUCAGGCAACGAUGGCUUUUCACAAAGUGGUGAAAGUGGUUCAGAGGGUUCAUCAAAUGGUAGUGACGAGAACCAACAGGAAUCGGUUAGAAACAAGAAGGGAGGUUUUGACCUCAUGCUUGUUGAUGGAGCCAAUGCACAGAACAAUACCGCCGGACCCAUUUCUCAAUCACCUGUUCCUGGAAACCCUGUUGUCUCGAUGCCUGCAACUAAUCUUAAUAUGGGAAUGGAUUUAUGGAAUGCAUCUUCUGCUAGUGCUGAAGCCGCAAAAAUGCGACACAAUCAAUCUGGUGCUCAUGGAGCCAGUGGACAUGGUGAACAAUGGAUGCAACAGGAUGACCGUGAGCUGAAAAGGCAGAAGAGAAAACAGUCGAAUCGGGAGUCGGCUAGGAGGUCAAGACUGCGCAAGCAGGCUGAAUGUGAAGAGCUACAAAAGAGGGUGGAGGCGCUUGGAGGUGAGAAUCGAACUCUUAGAGACGAGCUUCAGAAACUUUCUGAGGAAUGCGAAAAGCUUACAUCUGAAAACAAUUCUAUCAAGGAAGAGUUGGAACGGUUAUGCGGGCCAGAAGUAGUUGCUAACCUUGAAUGA